AUGGGAUCUGGCUUUUCAACUUACCGGCCCAAGGCAAUUUAUUUGGAUAUUGAUGGAAGAAUUCAAAAGGUGGUCUUUAGCAAAUACUGCAGUUCCAGUGACAUUAUGGACCUAGUCUGCAUUGCAACUGGUUUACCACGGAAUACAACAGUCUCACUUUUGACCAUAGAUGAUGCUAUGGUCUCUAUUGAUCCAACAAUGCCAACAAAUUCAGAAAGCACUCCAUACAAAGUGAGACCUGUGGCCAUCAAACAGUUCUCAGAGAAAGAGGAAUUAUUCCAAAGUGUGUUGUCACAGGUUGCUGAGCAGUUCUCAAGGGCUUUCAAAAUCAAUGAACUGAAAACAGAAGUUACUAAUCAUUUGGCAAUGUUGGAGAAACGAUUUGAAUUAGUAGGGCUAGGCAUAAUUUCAAUAAAACUUGUGAAUGCAAAUCUGAAGAAAUAAUGUUAAGAGAAAUCUUUUCCUAUUUUUAGGACAACCUGUCCCUGUAAGUAUAGUUUUUUGGAUAACAAUAGAAAGUUGAUGCCACAGAGAGAUGUCCCAGCCUACCCAAAGUACAUGCUUUCUCAAGAGACCAUAGAAGCUCUUAGGAAACCAACAUUUGACGUCUGGCUUUGGGAGCCCAAUGAGAUGCUAAGCUGUUUAGAACACAUGUACCAUGAUCUUGGCCUAGUGAAAGAUUUUAAUAUCAACCCUAUCACACUGAAGAGGUGGCUGCUCUGCAUCCAUGAUAACUAUAGAAACAACCCCUUCCACAACUUCCGACACUGCUUCUGUGUGACUCAGAUGAUGUAUUGCAUGAUAUUUCUCUGCUUUCUCCAGGAAAAGUUUUCUCAAAUGGAUAUCUUAGUUCUAAUGACUGCAGCUGUCUGUCAUGAUCUGGAUCACCCAGGAUACAAUAAUACGUAUGUUCACAAUUCUUUAGAACACUGUCUCCUGCAUUUGCCUCAGAGUGACAGAGAAAAAUCUGAAGGACUUCCAGUGGCACCUUUCAUGGAUCGAGAUAAAGUGACCAAACCUACAGCCCAAAUUGGUUUCAUCAAAUUUGUUCUGAUUCCAAUGUUUGAAACAGUUACCAAGCUUUUUCCUAUGAUUGAAGAAGUGAUGCUUCAGCCUCUUUGGAAAUCUAGAAAUCGUUAUGAGGAAUUAAAACAAAUAGAUGAUGCCAAGAAAAAGGCCCUUUGUGAGGAAAACUAGAAGACUGUUAAACUCAGUUAUGGACUUGUCUGCUAAGUUUCUUGGCAUUCUUCAGCACAGAACAAAGACGAUCCUUCCUGAAGUCUUGCAAAACUUUAUUUUCUAAGAACUGUAUUAUCAGUGAUGGAAAAAGGGAAGAAGGAAGGGAGAUGUUGGAGAAGAGAAGAAUGGAUUCAUCAUAGUCUAUAGAAUUUUAUUUUUAAACUGUCUUUUAAAUAACAUAUUCUUAUAAAGAAACAGGUACUGUUCUUACAUUGUACAUUUGUGUGUAAAAUAGAUACUUUUGCUCCAAAAUAAAUACUUGUUGAAUAAACAUUUAAUUGA